UAACAUAGAGGAGCCGAGAGCCCGCCCCCUCCCGGGCCGAGCCAAUGAGCUAAGGCGGCUACUGGGUACAGCGGAAGAGGAGGGGCCUGGUGGUUGCCAAAGAAGCCGCUUCCCCUCGGUCACCAGCGACGUUUGGGUUCGUCCUACUUUAUCCGACUUUUUAUGAUUGGUGCACACAACAAUAGUGAGGUUCCUUCAACUUUUCUGCAGGAGGAAAAUAUUGGAGUGCCAUUACCUCUCUUUCAGCCUGACCAGGGUGAUCCAUCUCAUUCCAAAAAUCAAAGACAGGUAUUUUAUCCUGAUCCUUUUCAUUUUUUAGCUUGCCCAGAAAAGGAACUUCUAAAGUCAGCUCCAGAUUCUAUUAUUGGAUUUAUGGAUAAGUCAGAAAAACAGGAAAGUUAUUCUGAAGAAUUGUCAUCAUACCAUCCAAGUAAACCACAAGAAAAUAAUCAACGAUGGAGUACAAGUGAAAAUGAAGUGAACUGGCUGAAACAAGAUGCUCUAAAUGAACGGACUGAACUGGAGAGAAAACUUCAGGAAGCUGAGAUUGCAGCUAAUUCUGUAGUAUCACUGAUACCAUCAUUUAAAGACUUCCUUGCUGGGUUUAAUAGUGAAAGUGUGAGCAGUUCAAUUGACAUAUUGAAGGCCGAGUUAGCUGAUAAUGAACAUGAAAAUAAUGUUCUUAAAAAGAAAGUUCUGGAAAAGGAGAACUAUAUCCAGGAGCUUUCUUCUUUUAUUCAGAAAGAAAAAGCAAAUACCUUGAAAACAAGUCGGCUUUCACAUUCAGUGAAAUCAGUACAAUCUCGCCUACAGCUCCAGAUUCAAAAAAAAGAAGCUGAGAAUGAUCAGAUGAAAUCAUAUAUGAAGAGCUUAAAAGCUAAGAUAGCUGAGUGGAAACUACAAUUGAAAACAUAUGAGCAACAAAUUGUUACCCUGAAGCAAACAAAUGAGCAAAAGAAAAAAGCCCUGAAAAAAGCAUCUAAAGUUUGCAAAGAAAGAGCUGACUCUUUUACAGCAAAUAUUGAAGAUCUGACUUCUCAGAUUAGAGAUCGGGAAGCCAAAUUGUCUGAAGCACUUUCAGCUUCCCUUGCCUGGAAAAGUCAUUAUGAGAAAGCUGUAGAAGAAAAGACAGAUUUAGAGGUCCAGGUUGAGACUCUGAAAAAGAAAAUCAUAAAUCUUUUGGAAGAACAGCACAAGAAUGAAGAUCCUGGAAGAAACUCCAGUAAAGAUUUUCUUAGAAAACUUCACUCUAGUGAUUCAGAAAAUGAAAGCAUUCUUCUUGAGAAUGAAAAAUUAAAGAUCACACUUGCCAAUUUGGAGGAAAAAGUUAUUUCAAUUGAAAAUGAACGCUUGGAAUUACAAGAAGUGGAGAAAAAGCAGAAAGCCCUUGUUGAACUAUAUAAAUCUCAGGUACAAAAGUUACAAAAGGCAAUCGAAGAUGUGAAAAGCAGAUAUGAAAAACUAGUUUAUGAAAAAAAGCUAAUAACGCAAUCCAAAAAGUCAACAUUGGAGGAGGUGAGGGGCCAGAUGGAGUCGCAUUCGAAGGAGUUAGAACAUGUUCAUGGUUUACUGGAGGGGGCUGAGCUGAAGCUGCUGGACUGUCAGGAGAGACUCCUCUACUGCAAAGGGAAAUGCACAGACCAGUCCCAAACCAUCCAUGAGCUCCGCAGUCAGAUUGAGGACAAUCAGAACCUUUUGAAAACAUUCUCUUUGGAGGAGGAAAAUAGUCCCAAAUUGAAAUGUAAAAACCUUAAACACAAAUUAGAACAGAUGGAUGCAGAAAAUGAGAAGCUUGAAAGGAAGGUGGCGAGCCAAGAAGAGUACCUGAAGAAGAACAAAUUUAAACUUAAAGAGAAAUCUGCAGAGUACAAUGCCUUGGCCCGGCAGCUGGAAGUUGCCUUAGAAGAAGGAAAACAAAAGGUUUCAGAAGAAAUAGAGAAAAUGACAUCCAGAGAGCAGGCUUUACAAACAAAAAUAUUAGACCUCGAAAGUGAGCUUAGGAAAAAAAAUGAAGAGCAAAACCAGCUUGUGUGCAUAUUGAAUACUGAACCAGAGAAUCCAUGAAAUCCAUGACAGAAUUUUAGAGGUGGAAAGUACCCCAAUGGCUGUCUAGUCCAACCAAUACCCAGAAAGGAAUCUUCAACACAACGUGCCUGACAAGUGGUUAUCCAGCCUCUGCUUGAAGACUUCAAAUAGGGGAAUCCUACUGCCUCUAAUGGCAGCCCCAGCCUCUUUUGAAUGGCUCAAAUUGUUAGCUAGUCUUUUCUGACAUCAAAUCAAAAUUUACCUCUUUGCAACUCCUUCCCAUUGGUUCUGCCCUCUGGAGCUAACAAAAAUAAGUCUAUUUAUAGUAAUCCUUCAAACACUUGAAUACAUCUGUCAUAUUUCUCCUGUGACUUCUCCAGGCUAAACAUCCCAUUUCCUUCAACAGAUCCUUGUGGGGCUUGGAUUCCAGGCCCUUCACUAUCAUGGUUGCUCUCUCCGAGGCACUCUCCAACUUCUUAUUGUCCUUGCUACACCAUGAUGCCUAUGAUGGAAUGCAGUACUCCAGAUAUAGUCUGACCAGAGUACAAAAGGACCAUCCACUUCAUCAUUUCUAGAGAGUAUGCCUCUUAAAGCAAUCCAAGAUUGUAUUAUCUCCAUUGGCUGUCAAAUCAUACUGCUAACUCAUGUGGAGUUUGUAGUCCUCUUUAACUACCAGAUCUUUUUCAGACAAACUAUUCUCUAAAACCAUUCCUUCUCAUUUUGAAUACUUAUUUAAUUGAUUUUUUUUGAACGCAAGUGUAAGAUUUAAUUGCAUCUUAUUCACUUCAUGUCAAUUUUGUAGACUCCAAAGAUCUUGAUUCUGUCAUCCAAUGUGUUAGGAAUCUUUCCUAAGUCUACAUUAUCUGCAGAUUUGGUUAGCAUGUCUUUUAUGUCUUUGUCCAAGUCAUUGAUAAAAUGAAAGUGUUACAUAGCUUAGAGUCAGACACAGAACCCUGCAAUUAGAGAGACCUCCUUCUAAGUUGACAUGGAAUCAUGAAGGAAUAUUUUGGGGGUCUGGCCAUUCAGCCAGCUCUGAAUCCAUCUAAUUUUGUCAUCAUGUUGCCUACUACAUUCAGUCUUACUGACAAGAUCUUUGCUAAGAUCUAGGGAAAUAAUAUCUACAGUACGUAGUAGACACUUAAUAAAUGUUCAUUGAUUGAUUUCCAUGAUCUUCUGUUUUGCAACCCUGUGAGAAAAGAAAUAAUAGUCUGUUAUGACCUGUUCUUGAUGAAGACAUACUGGUUUUUGUAAUAACCAUUUCCUUUUCUAGAUAUCUACUAAACAUUUAUUUAAUGAUCUGUUCUCAAACUUUGCUAGGAAUAAAGUCAAAGCUCAUUGGCUUCCAGUUUGCAGACUCUAGUGUCUUACCUUUUUUUGAAAAUUGGGACAUUUGCCCUUCUCCAGUCCUGUGGUGUUCAGAUAUCAUUGGCAGUGCCUUCUUCACAGUCACAACUGAGGAUGUGGUCGAUCUGGGCCAUCUUCACUUGGCUUAUCUUAAAUAUCUACUCUUUGUUUUCCACUUUUGUUUGGUCAUUUAUUCCCCUAGGCCCAUCAAGCACCAAAUAACAAUUGGGCUGCUCCUUCUUCCUAUCUAACAUCAAGUGACAAUCUGAUCCUUUCCUUAAUUGUCCCUUCAAGGCCUUUUUGUCAUUGCCUUUUUCCUUAGCUCUUUUUUAUUCUGAAUCGUACCCAGUACUGGAAAAAUAAUAUUGCUCCUUCGCUUCCUCUUUCCUUCUAGAAUAAGAAGAUGAAAAACUGAAAAGUUCAAAAGUGAAAUGAUUUUCAGAAUUUUCCAUUAACUGAAUCAUCAAUAAAAAUGUUAAUAAUAUUUUUAU